AUGCGACCGUUAAGGACAGGGAGGCAACUGAAGCUUCCUGGUCAGGGCUACUCCCUGACAUUAGCUGAAGGCCUCUUUGACCCCCUAACAGACCCCGACCGCCUGUACAGAUACAUCUCAGUUACGAAACUUGAGCUGAAUAGGAAUUACUCGGAGUUGACAGAGUUUAUUCUGCUGGGAUUCAGGACAUCUCCAGAAGUGCAGACUCUCUUAUUCUUUCUGUUUUUGCUUAUCUAUAUGGUCAUUGUAUUGGGAAAUAUCAGCAUGUUAAUUGUCAUUAAAAUAGACUCCAGGCUUCAUACACCUAUGUAUUUCUUUCUUCAAAAUUUAUCCUAUUUAGAUCUCUGCUAUUCCACAGUCAUUGCUCCUAAAACUCUAACUACAUUCUUAUCUAAGGAAAAGAAAAUUUCUUACACCGGAUGUGCAACACAGUUCUUCUUCUUUGCUCUUUCUGUUGGGACUGAAGGCUUCCUUCUGGAUGUGAUGGCAUAUGACCGCUGCUCAGCCAUUUGCUCGCCUUUCCUCUAUAAUGUUUGGAUGUUGCAGCAAGCUUGUAUUCAUUUGGUGCCUGGCUCCUACAUCUGUGGGUGCAUCAACUCCAUGGUACAAACAGGUUUCACCUUCAGUUUGCAAUUCUGUGGAGAAAACAGGCUGGACCACUUUUUCUGUGAUGUCCCAGCUCUGAUCAAGAUCUCAUGUGUUGACACUUCUGUGAAUGAGAUUGUGCUAUUUAUUCUCUCUGCCUUCAUCAUCAUCUCCACCACAACUGUCAUUCUGGUUUCCUAUGCAUACAUCCUCUCUACCGUUCUGAAGACUCCUUCCACUCAUGGCAGGAGUAAGACAUUCUCCACCUGUGUUUCCCAUAUCACAGUGUUGAGUCUAUUCUAUGGAACUGUGUUCUUCAUGUAUGCCCAACCCGGGGCCAUCUCCUCACCAAGGAAAAGCAAGAUUGUGGCUGUGUUCUAUACCCUCAUUAUCCCAAUGCUGAAUCCUCUGAUUUACAGCUUGAGGAAUACAGAGAUGAAAAAUGCUUUGAAAAAGACAUUGAGAAAAAUAGCAAUGCAUUGA